UUUUUUUUCUCUCCCAGUCCCCCUCACAAGGCGCUCUUUAAGCUCCGGUGUUGCCACACAGAGCAGCCAUUCAUCGGCUCUACAGUCAGCCACACACACUCCUAUGUCGAACCACUGGACAUCUAAAUUGGUGUGACCGCUUUUGCCCAGACGGAUUUCCAGUCGGCGGUGGAAAGAAUUGGACACUUUGACGCAGCAGUAUGGCUCUACCCGAGAAGAGUCAGCAAUAACCUCCAGAACAUCAUAUACAAUUAAGACGAAACCAAUCACGCAGAAUAGUUUGGAAACGAAUUUUACAUAAAGUAUAAAAAAAAUUAUUACAUAAAUAAAAAUGUCCGGCGAGGAGCACAGCCUGUCCGAGGCGGAACUGAGUCCCGGAGGGUCAGACGACGGUCACUCCCUGUCACCGACUCAACCGGGAGCGCCGACCCGCCAGGAUUCACCCCUGAACGGGCCGCCGCAGCAGCUGACCUCGCUCUGCGUCGCGGACGGCAGCGAAGAGGACGGAGGCGACGCGGUCAAGUCGGAGAUAGAGGACGAUCGCUUCCCGAUCGGCAUCAGGGAGGCGGUCAGCCAGGUGCUGGACGGGUACGACUGGACACUUGUGCCGAUGCCGGUGCGCGUCAACAACGGAAACAAAGCCAAGCCCCACGUCAAGAGGCCCAUGAACGCCUUUAUGGUGUGGGCGCAGGCGGCGAGGAGGAAACUGGCCGACCAGUACCCCCACCUGCACAACGCGGAGCUCAGCAAGACCCUGGGCAAACUGUGGAGGCUGCUGAACGAGGGUGACAAGAGACCAUUCAUCGAGGAGGCGGAGAGGCUGAGGAAGCAGCACAAGAAGGACUACCCGGAGUACAAGUACCAGCCCCGGAGACGUAAAAACGGCAAACUGGCGACUGCUAGUGAGUCCGACAGCCAGGGGGAAGGGGAGGCCAGCCACUCCCAGUCCCACUACAAGACCCUACACCUGGAGCACAAUGGCGGGGCUGGCUCUCCCCUGGGAGACCUGCACCACCACCACCAUCACCACCACCAUCCUGCUGGUCAGGGUCACAGCCCACCCACGCCCCCCACCACCCCAAAGACAGAGCUCCAGUCGGGGAAGCUGUCAGAUGCAAAGAGGGAGGGGGCAGCAGGAGCAGUCGGAGGAUCAGCAGGGCCCAGGGGAGGCCUCGGGGUGGGAGUCGAUGGGGCCUCGGGUGGCCCGUCCUCAUCGGGCGCCAAACCCCACAUCGACUUUGGCACCAUGGACAUCGGCGAGAUCAGCCACGAGGUGAUGUCCAACAUCGAGCCGUUCGACGUGAACGAGUUCGACCAGUACCUUCCUCCGAACGGCCACCCGCAGAGCGUAGGCGGGGCCCCCACGGGCGGCUCCUCGGCCUCCUCCUACGCCUACGCCCUAGCCGCCGCUAGUGGCCACUCGGCAUGGCUCUCCAAGCAGCAGCAGCCUCAAGCCUCCCCGGCCUCCUCUGAUCCCUCCAAGGCGCAGAUCAAGAGCGAGUCUGCCGCCGGGGGCCACUACGCCGAGGCCUCGUCCUCGCCCUCCUCAGGCGCCCAUGUCACCUACACCCCGCUCAGCCUCCCUCAUUACGGCUCCGCAUUCCCCUCGCUGGCCUCCAGGGCUCAGUUUGAGUACGGAGAGCACCAGGCCCCCGGGGCGUACUACACCCACUCGGGCCAGGCCUCAGGGCUGUACUCAGCCUUCUCCUACAUGGGCCCUACACAGAGGCCUCUGUACACUACCAUAGGAGACCCCUCCAGCGUGGCCCCCUCUCAUAGCCCCACGCACUGGGAGCAGCCUGUUUACACCACCCUCACGAGACCUUGAGGGAGACCGGCUGAGCAGAGGGAAAUAUGGGAAGUGUGCGAGUGGACCCGUGCGUCUGUGGGUGUGCAAAUAUGUGAGUGCGUGAUUGUGUGUGUGCGUGUGAGCGCCCGUGCCAUAUUGAUGUUAUAUUAGAGGUUUUUACUUUUCUGUCUUUUUUUUCCCGCUAAUAUAAUGCAAGAAGCAUCCACGGGACCAAAUUAGAAAUGUCAAAGAAGAAAAUGAAAAGCCACCAACUCAUACAAUAUAAAGUGUGAAUCAUGGGUCAACAGCCAAUCACAAAUGAAAAUAGGCCAUAACAAACGUGUGCCAACGUAAAUUUUACAAGUCGGAAUAUACAGUAAGUUUGUGUGAAAGACGAGUGCGACACUGGGCGCAUGUUGCAUUGAUGGGUGACUUUGAUUUGACCCAGAAACGACGGGUUUAGAUGGACAUAAUCAGAAUUUAUUAACCAAACUAAAGCAGAUGUUUUUUUCUAUGUUGAUGUUAUUGUGUUAUUUUAUAUGAGUAGUAAGUUUAUUGUCGUUGUUGAUAUUUUAGGGUGUAACGUUGUUGUGACUGAUUUGAUAAUUACACUAAUACAUCUUCACCACUGCUUUGGGAAAAGCAUGUUUUUGUUUUCUUGUGGCCAGAAAAGGAUAGAUGCAACCUUUUUCUAUGUACAUAGCACACUCUGUGUUUCUAUCCUUUUAUUGCAUUGACUUCACUGAACUGAACAAUUAAGCAUUUAAGGGGAAAAAUAGGAAAAAGAGAGGGAAAGAGAUGUAUUUCUGCUUAACGCUCAGUCUUGGACACUUACCUCAACUCUGUUUAUUUUGUGCCAAUAGCAAAGGAGAUCUGCGACACUGGAUACCUGUGCUAAUAAUGCAGAGGGUGCUCAAAGUCUCAGAACAGUGCUUCCGUAUUCUUCCGUAUUGCUUUCUUCUGCUUUUUAAGUACAUUUAUGCUGAUUUACAUCAGAUUUGUCCAAUAAUUAAGUUAAAAUCUAUAAGUGCAAAGCCUCCACCAAAUCUUUUCAAAUAAUUGGGCGGCUUUGGGUCCUACUUAAGGAUUAGAAUCACAUGUACGAGCGCUCUGCGCUGCAUGUAGGCCAAAAGCAUGUUUUCAUCUUGACACUUUUUUUUCAUUUCCCCAUUUUGAGCCCAAACAGCCUUCUUCCUCUUCAGCAAUGUGAAUACUGGUCAUUACCACAGGCUUCACCUCUGUACGUGACGCAUCAUUUUCAUCAUUCUAUACUGACUGUCUUACCAUGUAGUUAUUAUUUUUCAUGUCAGUAAUAAUGGGUUGUGUGUCACCCCAUUUGCUUCUUCCAUUUUGUAUAAUUCUGGAUAGUUUUGUAAAGUGUUUGCUAUACAUUCACUUGAGUAUUUUUGCUUCCAUACGAGAAAAGCAAUGUUGAGAUUUUAUUGCUGUCAUCUAUUAAAUCAAUUUAUUUAUAAAAAAAAUACA